ACCCGAAAAAGAGAGCACAAAGGUGGCAUUUUGGAGCCCCAUUUGCUUCCCUAAACCCCAUAAGAAACCAUCAAAAUUGACCACCCCAUUCCCUUCGGGCGGCCCUGCGAUGGCGGAUUCCGACCCCUUUGGCAGGAGCGGAGGCAGCGGCACCGCCGGACAUGCCUCGAGGCCCACCGGCCCCCUCGACCACCACCGUCACCCCCGCGGAGUCAAUUGGAACCUUCCGCUGCUCCUCGGCAGGGCCACCGUCAGGCGGCUGCUGGGCUCGGCCCCGCCCGCGGCUGCAGCUGUGGUGCAGCUGGAGGAGCGCCACCACGGGUGGGGCUACUCCAGGCCGGUCGUGGCGCUCGAUGUGGUGUGGAAUUCGGCGUUCGUGUUGGUCUCGGUGGCGGUUCUGCUAUCGACGUGGAAGGAGCGGCCGGCGACGCCGAUUCGGGCUUGGGUGUUUGGGUACGUUCUGCAGUCCUUGCUUCAUGUGGGGUUUGUUUGUUUCGAAUAUAGGAGGCGGCGCCGGCUGAGGGAGAGGAGGAGGAGUAGGUGGAUUGAAGUGGAAGAGGACGAGGAUGAGGAGAGCAGGGCUGUUAAGAAAUUGGAGUCCCUUAAUGCAAUGAUUUCAUUACUGUGGUGGAUGCUUGGGUUCUAUUGGAUAGUUGUCGGUGGCCAAGCACUUCUACAAGAUGCACCUCAUCUCUAUUGGUUGACAGUGGUGUUUCUAGCAUUCGAUGUGUUCUUUGCAAUGUUUUGCAUCAUGUUGGCCUGUGUAAUCGGUAUAGCCCUCUGCUGUUGCCUCCCAUGUAUCAUAGCAUUUCUACAUGCUGUUGCAGCCCAAGAAGGUGCUUCGGAUACUGAUCUCAGCACUCUCCCCAAGUUCCGGUUCUGUCAGGGCAAUCAACCAGAUAAACUUGACCUAGAAAACCAACAUCAAAUUGCCAUCACAAUAAACGAGCAGAAUUCCCUCGUGGACCUUGCCCUUCCUGCGGAGGAUUCGGAAUGUUGCAUUUGCCUUUCUCAGUAUGAAGAUGGAGUGGAGCUGCAUUCACUUCCCUGCAACCAUCACUUCCAUUCAGAUUGUAUCGUCAAGUGGCUCAGGAUCAAAGCCACGUGCCCUCUCUGCAAGUACAACAUACUUGAAGGCGAUGAUCUUGUGUAGCUUGAAGAAACAUGGCUUCAAACAUCAGGUUAGCAGCUUACUAUAUGACUAAUCUCGCGUGCUCUCCCAAGGCCAUUGAUCUCUGUAGAGAGGAUACCAUGUAAAUUCAGGAGCUUUAGUUGUCUUAUGUUUGAAAUUUUCCUUGUAUAUUCUAUGUCAAGACAGCUUUGUGUUCGAUUUUUGUUCACUUGGAUUCUCUCUUUUAAUAGAUGGAAAUUUAGCUGGA